UCUCUCCUCCCCCCUCUCUCCACUGCGCAUGCGCCGCGCUGCUCCUGGAGUGCUGUUUCGGCCUGUUCCGCGGCCGCUCGGUCAUUUUCGCCUCUUUGUUUUACUGAUAGUGGAUUUAAGUCGGAUUCGAACCCGAAUAUCCAGCGGACCGUGCUGCCCCAGAACAGGCUCCAAUGAGAGUCUCUCCAUGAUGAGGAGUUAACACUGUCGGCCCGACAAACUGCAGGAAGAGACGUGGCCGCUGCACCAUCCAGUCGAUGCAUGGCGGUUUUAGGGAACCCCGACAUGCUGACGAGGAAGAUAAAGUUGUGUCACAUCAACGCUCACAUCACCUGUCGCCUGUGUGAUGGCUACCUGAUCGACGCCACCACCGUCACCGAGUGCUUACACACCUUCUGCAGAAGCUGUCUAGUGAAAUAUCUGGAGGAAAACAACACGUGUCCCACGUGUAGGAUUGUUAUUCAUCAGAGUCAUCCACUGCAGUAUAUCGGCCAUGACAGAACAAUGCAAGACAUUGUCUACAAACUGGUACCGGGACUUCAAGAGGCGGAGAUAAAGAAGCAGAGGGAGUUCUAUCAGAAGUUAGGGAUGGAGGUGCCUGGAGACAUUAAAGGAGAGCUGUGCAACAUCAAGACUCAUCUAGAUCAACGCAAUGGCGAUGCAAAAUCAGAGGAGACGGCCAAUAAGGAGGCAGGAGAGGAGAAACCAGAGGAGGACAACGACUAUCACCGUAGUGACGAGCAGGUCAGCAUCUGCUUGGAGUGCAACAGCAGCAAGCUCCGAGGUCUCAAGCGCAAGUGGAUCCGCUGUUCGGCACAAGCCACGGUCCUCCACCUCAAGAAGUUCAUCGCCAAAAAGCUUAACCUGACAUCGUUUAAUGAGCUGGACAUUUUAUGCAAUGAGGAAAUCUUGGGCAAGGACCACACUUUGAAAUUCGUUGUUGUGACAAGAUGGAGAUUUAAGAAAUCCCCUCUCCUGCUUCAUUACAGACCUAAGAUGGAUCUGCUGUAGCUAAAACGGACACAACGGUUGUUUUUUUCUCCCCUUUUUUAAUUUUUUUUUUAGUUUUUUUGUUCUUGUUCUUGUGAGGUGGCUGCAGACUGUGCCCAAUCCUUUUUUUCUUCUUCUUCUUCUUCUUAAUUUAUGCAAAGACGAUCAACGAUCAAUACCAAGCAAAUGCCCGUCGGUAACAAAAAACACAACAGAUCAGCAAAAGCCAGCAAAUCGGGGAUUUAACGCGGGGGAAACAAAGAAAAUCAAAACUAAAGUAAACUAAACUGGCAACUUCCAGCACAGAAACUGCAUCACUGGUGUGUUUUUAGGAACAAAAACAACCAUCUCUUUUUCUUUCUUUUCCUUCUUUUUUUUUAUUUGUGUGUCCGCUACAUCCUAGAUAUGUGAACAAAGCAAAAAAAAAAAAUGGAGAGAAAUCAUAUAUUUAUACUUUUGUACAGAAGAGACACAUGGAACCAAGACACUACUGGUGCUCUGUUUACACGCAAACACGAUGUCGGGAAUCACCAGAUUUGCAGAU